AUGAAUUACCAAAAAGUUUAUGGUAUCACAGGUCCUGUGUCUGUAGCGGGUCCAACAGCUCCAGAGAAUAAACUUAAUGAUGCAUUGAUCCAAGAGUUGAAAAAAGAAGGUUCCUUUGAAUCAGAAGCUGAUACUGCCAAGAGAGUGCAGAUUUUAAAGACAUUACAAGAAUUAGCCCAAAAAUUCGUUUAUCAAGUCUCUAAGAAUAAAAAUAUGUCCGAUGGUAUGGCUAAGGAUGCAGGUGGUAAGAUUUUCACAUUUGGUUCUUAUAAACUAGGUGUCCAUGGUCCAGGUAGUGAUAUUGAUACAUUGGUUGUAGUUCCAAAACAUGUCUUGAGAGAAGAUUUUUUCACAGUAUUUGAUACUUUAUUAAGAGAAAGACCUGAAUUAGAUGAAAUUGCUCCAGUUCCUGAUGCAUUUGUUCCAGUUAUUAAGAUUAAGUUUAGUGGUAUUUCAAUUGAUUUAUUAUGUGCAAGACUUGAUGUGGCUCAAGUACCUGCAACAUUAACUUUGAGUGAUAAAAACUUAUUAAGAAACUUGGAUGAAAAAGAUUUAAGAGCUCUUAAUGGUACAAGAGUCACUGAUGAAAUUUUAGAAUUAGUACCAAAGACUAGUGUAUUUAGAAUUGCCUUGAGAGCUGUUAAAAUAUGGGCUAAUAGACGUGGUAUAUAUGGUAACGUCUUUGGGUUCCCUGGUGGUGUUGCAUGGGCUAUGUUAGUCGCUAGAAUUUGUCAAUUAUAUCCUAAUGCAUGUUCUGCUGUGAUAUUAAACAGAUUCUUCAAAAUUUAUUCAGAAUGGAAAUGGCCACAACCUGUAGUGCUGAAACCUAUUGAAGAUGGUCCUUUACAAGUUCGUGUUUGGAAUCCAAAGAUUUAUGCACAAGAUAGAUCUCACAGAAUGCCAGUAAUAACACCAGCUUAUCCUUCUAUGUGUGCUACACAUAACAUCUCUGAAUCUACUAAGAAAGUUAUAUUAGGAGAAUUCGAUAGAGGUAUUAAAAUUACUAAUGAUAUUUUUUCAAAUAAGAAAAAUUGGAGUGAUUUAUUUGAUAAACAUGAUUUUUUCCAUAAACAUAAAUUUUAUUUGACUGUAGCUGUCACUACAAAAGGUGAUGAUGAACAACAUUUAAAAUGGACUGGUCUUGUAGAAAGUAAAUUGAGAUUAUUAAUAUUAAAACUUGAGGCUCUUCCAGGAAUUAAUAUUGCUCAUCCCUUCCCAGCAUUAUUUGGUACAACUUACAUUUAUAACGAUAAUAAAGAUGUAGAAAAUAUCUUUGAAAAUUAUGGAUCUCAUAAAACAGAAAAUAAAUUACAAAAUCUGGUUAAGAUAACGGAUGAAAAUAGGGAAGAUGAAUCCAUAAAGGAUAAACCUACAAUGUACUUAACUACAAUGUACAUUGGAUUAGAUGUUAACGUUGAAAAUAAAAAGGAAAAAGUUGAUAUACAUGUACCAUGUGCUGAAUAUUUUAACCUUUGUCGUAAUUUUAAUGAAGAAUUUCAAGAUAAUGACGUCUUUUCCUUAAUUAUUAGAUAUGUUAAAUUACACGACCUUCCAAAUGAGGUAUAUGAUGAAGAUGAGGCAAGACCAAUAAAGAAAAAGAGAAGUAAAAGGACAAAGGAUACUGAAGAUGAUAAUGGUACAAAAAGGCCAAAGUCCGAUGCAGGAUCGAUAGAAUCAUCAUCAACAACUGCCAUCGGUCAAACUGCAGCUGCUUAA